AUGUUAAAAAUACUUCGAAAUUAUCAGGAUGUUUGCAGGUUACCGAAUUGGAAAUGGCAGAGAACUUAUUGGAUCAAACGUGUUCAGGAGCGAAAUUUCACAAAUGAAAUACGGGCAUUGAAGAACAACGAAGAAUUAGGUUCAAAAUCAAAACUGAAAUCCAUCAGUCCAUUUGUAGACGAAAGUGGUGUAAUUCGUGUUGGUGGACGAUUAGAAAAUUCAAAUUUGGAUUUCAAACAAGCACAUCCAAUCGUGUUGCCUGACAAAUAUCAUUUGACUGAUCUAAUUAUUCUUCACAGUCAUCAGGUGGUAGGGCACGGAGGAAUAGCAGAUACUUUAAAUCAGAUAAGAGACAAAUUUUGGUUGCUGAAGGCUCGUCGAAAAAUUAAAAGUGUUCUGUACAAUUGCAAUGUCUGCAAAAUAUUUCGAACUAAACCUGUCAUGCAAGAUAUGGCACCUCUCCCACCAGACAGAUGCCGAGAAGCCUUUCCGUUUGAAAACUCCGGGAUAGAUUACGUGGGUCCACUGUACGUGAAAAGUGGAAAAGAAUUAUCUAAGACAUACAUUUUACUGUUUACCUGUGCUGUAACCAGAGCCGUGCAUUUAGAACUUACGACUGACCUUUCCACAGAAAAAUUUUUGCUUGCAUUUAGACGGUUCAUCGCGAGAAGAGGUUUGUGCCGAAUAGUGUAUACCGAUAACGCCAAAACCCUUAAAAGAGCGAAAAAAGAAUUAGAACUAUUGAACGAGGUGAUGAAAAGCAAUAAAGUUCAAGACGAGUUCUCUAAGCAAGGAAUCAAAUGGAAAUUUAUAGUUGAGAGGUCGGCAUGGUGGGGAGGCUUUUGGGAGCGUAUGGUUCAGUCUGUUAAAGCUCUUCUGAAGAGAAUCUUAGGAAAAUCAUCCUUGACAUUCAGGGAAUUAGAGACAGUCAUAACAGAAGUGGAAGCUAAAUUGAACUUCAGACCUUUAACAUUUACAUACUCGGAUCUAGGAGAGCCAGAAUCUUUGACCCCUGGUCACUUCUUAAUAGGAAGACAAUUACUAUCAUUACCACAAGGAAGCUCUAAAUUAACUUCAACAAAGGAGAGUCUUACACGUCGAUUUAGACAUCAACAGAUACUGGUAGAAAGAAUCUGGCGGAAAUGGAGACAGGAUUAUUUGAUGAAUUUAAAAUCUGCUCAUCAUUCCAAACUAGCGAAAACAGGAACCUGUUUGAAGAAAGGAACUAUUGCAUUAGUACAUGAAGAUAAAAUUCCAAGGCUGAUGGGGAAGAUGGGCAUCAUAAUGGAAACCUUUCCUGGAAGAGAUGGCAAGAUUUUGCAGAUGCACAGCACAGAGGAACUUCAGCCCAUUGGCCCUGGCCGAACCCAUUGGAACAAGCCUCCUCCAGGAUCUUCUUCUAUGGGCUACUUGUUAUCAGUAUUGUUUUUUGCGUUUUGUUUGAGCCAUUUUCAACUAACAAUUUAG